AUGGCGUCGGUGCCGCCAGAUACCCAAGGCACUUCGCCGUCUCCUCCCACGGAAGAGAUGGCCGCCCUCAAUCUGCCCAGGCAGGACGAUGAGGUGCCACCCCAUCGAUCCCACGAUGCUACCAAGAACCUGAAGCGGAGCGAUCCGUUUCAGUUUGGCAGCCGCUUUCUCACAGAGGAGGACGAUGUCUUUGAGUUCAACGCCUGGGACCAUGUCGAGACGGACGAGGCGUACAAGGAGUAUGCCGAGGGUCAGUUUGAGAAGCAGCGCCAGGCUCCCGUCUCGGACUUUGACAAGAACAGGUUCAAUACGGAUCCGGCAAAGUGGUGGAAUCUGUUCUACAAGAACAAUGCUUCCAACUUCUUCAAGAACCGCAAAUGGCUUCAGCAAGAGUUUCCAGUCCUGGCCGAAGUGACGGACCCAAGGGCUGGGCCCAAGGUCGUGUUGGAGAUUGGCGCGGGCGCCGGCAACACGGCCUUUCCUGUGCUAGCCAACAACAGAAACCCGCACUUGAAAAUCCAUGCCUGCGACUUUUCCAAGACCGCCGUAGAGGUCAUGCGGAGUCAUGAGGCGUAUGACCCCGAGUACAUGCAGGCCGACGUUUGGGACGUUUCUGCAGACUGCCUGCCUCCCGACGUCGAAGAGGGGUCCGUAGAUGUCGCCGUCAUGGUCUUCAUCUUCUCGGCCUUGGCGCCCCAGGAGUGGUCGCGGGCCGUGGGCAAUGUCCACAGACUGCUCAAGCCGGGAGGCGUGGUCUGCUUCCGCGACUAUGGGAGAGGGGACCUGGCGCAGGUGCGGUUCCGCAAGGGCCGGUACUUGGACGAAAACUUUUACAUCCGCGGCGACGGCACGCGCGUCUACUUCUUUGACCGCGAUGAGCUGGCCGGCAUCUGGACGGGCGAGGACUCGGCCGACUCUGAGGGAGCCGAGACGCCCCAGUUUGAAGUGGAGAAGCUGGGCGUCGACCGCCGGCUCCUCGUCAACCGGGCGCAGAAGAUCAAGAUGUACCGGUGCUGGUUGCAGGGGAGUUUUAGGAAGAAGCAGUAG